GAGAUGAAAGACAGUCUCUUCGGACGUACAUUUCAUCAUGUUUACAUUGCCAAUACUGGUGCUUCCACUGCUCUCAUGCGUAGCAUGGAUCGUCUACACUGGAUACGUGCAUCCCCUCUCGAAAGUCCCUGGGCCAUGGCUCGCAGCCCUUAGCAGGUUCUGGUACAUCUACCACAUGCGAAAGGGCCACUUCGAUCAAGUCAAUAGACAACUUCAUGCCCAAUAUGCAGCAGGACCUGUUGUGCGAAUUGCACCGAACGAGGUCAGCAUUGACUCUCCAGAAGCUGCACAUAUAAUAUACAAUAAUCGACCCGGCCAGCGAUUCACCAAGGUACGAAUAGUCUGCUGGGUACAUCGUAAACGCAUGUCAAGCAAAGCACUGAUCGGCUUAGGUAAACAUGAGAACCUGUUCAUGGAUCUUGACGAGGACCAUCACGCCUCGCGACGCAGAAUCGUCGCCAAUUUAUACAGCAUGAGCAGCAUUCUGGAAUCUGAGUCUUACAUCGACGAUUGCACCAACCUUCUGGAGGACCGUCUGACUGGCUUCUACAAAAGAGGCGAAGUGGUUGACAUUAGCCGUUGGUUCCAAAUGUAUGCUUUCGAUGCACUCGGAGAGCUUGUGUAUGGCGAAGCUUUCGGAUUCCUGGAGAGCUCCAGCGAUGUGGGAGGCUGGAUGGCGCUGAUCGAAAGCUUGUCUCCCUUUAGACAGACUCUGUUGCUAUUGCCCGCGUAUCUUCGCAAACCAUAUAUGAUGAGCGGGCUGUUGUACAAAUCUGUCAAACUGGCCAUCACCGAUAACGCGAAGCGCGUUAACUACGCCAGAGAUCUUGUGCACAAACGCAUGUCUGAGCUGAAAGACAAUGGUGGCGCGGCAGAGUCCCAAGGCCGACGUGAUCUGCUUUCCAAAAUGUUCGAGCUCUCGGCCACGAAGGGUGACAAGGUUGAUUUUCAUCUUCCGGAGAUUGAGAUGGAAAGCUGGGUGAAUAUUCAAGCUGGUGUCGACACUACAGCCAUAGCCCUGCAAGCUAUCCUCUAUUACAUAUUGAAGGAUUCAAGAGUGCAUCGGAAAUUGCUGAGCGAACUCGAUGCAGCACACCAGGACCAGCGCAUUACCAUUCCACUUAAGUACAGUGAUGCCCUCAAGCUACCGUACCUGGCGGCUUGCAUCAAAGAGGCCAUGCGUCUGCACCCCAGCGUUGGCUUGCAACUGCCUCGACAUCCUCCACCAGAAGGAUGCCACAUCUCUGGGUACUAUUUUCCCCACUCCGCGAGAGUCGGUGUCAAUGCUGCAGUGCUGCACUACAACCAAGACGUGUUCGGCGAGGACGCUGCGAGCUUUCGGCCGGAAAGAUGGUCCGCGGACAAUGCCGCGGAGAUGGACCGCCAUCUCUUGACAUUUGGGGCCGGCACGCGGACAUGCACAGGCAAGCAUAUCUCACUCGCAGAAACCUUCAAGAUGAUUCCUCAUGUCCUGCUUAAGUUUGACAUGAAGCUGGCGGAGCCUGGAAUGGAAUUGACGAAGCAGGACUGGUGGUUCCAUAAGAUCAAGGACUUUCGUGUCUCCAUCCAGCGCGAGCUUCGUCCAUAGUCUUGUAAGACUACCUUGGCUCAGCAGAGGUCAGGACUGUGGUCGUCUGCUAGGAAGGGCUGUCCACGCUCCCAUCCUCAAGCGGAGGAUUCUGCCGUCAGGGUCAUUUGAUCCUGCGUCAUUGCAAGACAUACACCGAAGGCGCCAGGCGCAUACCACAAUGACUCCUCACAGCUUGACGCAGUUGAGUAUUGGCCUGACGAAGUAUGGCUGCCUCUCGUGACCCGUCCUACUUCUCGUGCAAUCUGUCUCUUGCCGGACCGCGGUGCGAAGCGAAUGUGUUCUUGCUGGGAUUGCAUAUCUCGAUCCCCCUUGCGCACGAAAAAUGCUUUCCACUACAGUACGCACAGGUCCGCAGGGCGCUGGGCCUCGUCUCCAGGCUUCGGAUUCUGGCUGAGCUCUUGUGCUACACGCCUGGAGCUCCGGUGUGUCUUCGACUCAUAUCGUGGUAGGCAGGGAAGGCAGCGCUUCAUCGUAGGCUGAGAAAU